GACUGGGAGGAGGCUGGCAGGCUGGUGGGCUGGGCGGGCGGCGGGCGGCCGGGAGCGCGCGACAGACUCGGCGGCGGCGAGUAGUUAGUUACUUGUUAGUCAGUGUCAGUUGCUUGGUGGCGGCGGCGGGGGUCACCAGGAAGGGGACGGGCCGGCCGGCGAUGGUGGUCACCACAGCGGCAUGUGCGCCUUUCAGAAGCCGUAGAAGUAUUCACUGCUGCAAUGUUUAUGGAAACAGAGCAUAACUACCACAAUAGUGAGAAUCGACUGUGAAAAGAAUACUGGAGGACCAUUUCUAAGGAAAGAAAAGGAUGCAAUGACAUAAUGCCUGGAGUUGGAGCCAGUUAAACUGGUAAUCAUUGCUGUCUUCAGAAAAUAAGGAAUACGAGGCAAGGAAGAAAGUAAAUUCAUCCUGCAAAGACCCAAAGCACUUUGAAAUUUUAAACGAAUGUAAUAAUAGCUGCUAAAACCACCAUUGUCACCAUAAUGGAUGAAGUACUUCAAACUUAAACGAUUGAUCAUACUUACAAGAGCUGCUAUGAUACCUAGGGGAGGUGAAAACUGAUGGAUGAAAGUUUUGCCAUGCACUGAAAGGAAAGCAUUGUCUGCGAAGGUCCUUUUUUAAAAAUGUCUGCUUGUAACACCUUUACUGAACACGUUUGGAAACCUGGUGAAUGCAAGAACUGCUUUAAACCUAAAAGCUUGCACCAGCUUCCCCCAGACCCUGAGAAGGCACCCAUCACCCAAGGCAAUGUGAAAACUAAUGCCAAUCACAGUAACAACCACCGCAUGAGGAACACUGGAAAUUUCCGUCCUCCUGUGGCUAAAAAACCCACUAUAGCUGUGAAGCCCACUAUGAUGGUGGCAGAUGGGCAAAGUAUAUGUGGUGAACUUAGUAUCCAAGAACACUGUGAGAACAAACCUGGCAUAAUAGGAUGGAACCGAAACAGGACCACCUUGAAUCAGAAACCACUUAAUAAUAAUAAUGAAGAUGACAUUGAAGGAUUUAGCCAUGUUCCUAAGCCUUAUGGUAAUAAUGAUAGUGCAAAGAAGACAUCAAAUAACAAUAAUGGACUAACUGAUGUGUUAAAGGAGAUAGCAGGCUUGGAUACCACCCCUCAGAUAAGAGGAAAUGAAACAAACUCCAGAGAAACAUUCUUAGGAAGAAUAAAUGAUUGCUAUAAAAGAUCAUUGGAAAGAAAGCUUCCACCAAGUUGCAUGAUGGGCGGGAUAAAGGACACUCAAGGCAAGCAUGUGAUUCUGAGUGGGAGCACAGAAGUGAUCAGUAAUGAAGGGGGCCGGUUCUGUUACCCAGAGUUUUCUAGUGGCGAGGAGAGUGAAGAGGAUGUAUUUUUCAGCAACAUGGAGGAGGAGCAUGAGAGCUGGGAUGAGAGCGAUGAGGAGCUGUUGGCCAUGGAGAUUCGCAUGAGAGGGCAACCCCGCUUUGCCAACUUUAGGGCAAAUACUUUGUCUCCUGUUCGAUUCUUUGUGGACAAAAAAUGGAACACGGUUCCCCUGCGAAAUAAGUCUCUGCAGAGAAUCUGUGCUGUAGACUAUGAUGACAGCUAUGAUGAAAUUCUGAAUGGCUAUGAAGAGAAUUCUGUGGCCUCCUAUGGGCCAGGAAGCAUUCAGAGCAUGGCGUCAUCUGACUCUAUGUCACCAGGUUCUUCUUUAACAGAAGAAUCACAUUCUGAGACAGCCAGUAGUUUAUCCCAGAAGAUCUGUAAUGGGGGAAUAUCUCCUGGUAACCCGGGAGAUUCUAAGGACAUGAAGGAAAAGGAGCCCAAUUGUGAAAGUCUCUCUGGUAGCAAUCAGGAGAAGGACUCCUCACAAGCACCUAAAGGCUCAAUAAAAGUUCCAGAAACACACAAAGCAGUCCUUGCUCUCCGAUUAGAAGAGAAGGAUGGCAAGAUUGCCGUACAAACUGAGAAGCAAGAAAGCAAAGCCUCUACAGAUAUUGCUGGGCAAGCAGUAACCAUAAACCUUGUCCCAGCAGAAGAGCAAGCAAAGCCUUACCGAGUUGUCAAUCUGGAACAGCCCUUGUGCAAACCAUAUACUAUUGUGGACGUGUCGGCAGCCAUGGCCAGUGAGCACCUCGAGGGCCCUGUUAACAGUCCCAAGACAAAAAUCUCAUCUUCUACUCCAAACUCUCCGGUGACAUCACCCGCGCUGACAUCAGGACAAACAAGUGCUCAUUUCCAAAACUCCAGUGCAAUACGAUACCAGGAAGUAUGGACUUCCAGUACCAGCCCACGACAAAAGAUACCCAAGGUGGAAUUGAUUAGCGGUGGGACUGGGCCAAACAUCCCUCCAAGGAAAAACUGUCACAAAUCAGCACCCACAUCCCCAACAACUACAAACAUUUCCUCUAAAACUAUCCCCGUUAAGUCACCCAAUUUGUCCGAAAUAAAAUUUAAUAGUUAUAACAAUGCUGGUAUGCCACCUUUUCCAAUUAUCAUUCAUGACGAGCCAACUUAUGCUCGGAGUUCCAAAAACGCCAUCAAAGUCCCCAUUGUCAUCAAUCCAAAUGCAUAUGACAAUCUAGCCAUUUAUAAAAGUUUUCUCGGAACAAGUGGAGAACUCUCAGUGAAGGAAAAAACCACAAGUAUAAUAAGCCAUACCUAUGAAGAAAUAGAAACUGAAAGCAAAGUGUCUGAUAACACCACUAGCAAACCUACUGAAUGUCCCCAAACCAAAGGGUUUUCAAACAGCGCAGAGCGCAAAAGGGGUUCAGUGGCUCAGAAGGUUCAGGAGUUUAAUAGCUGCCUUAACAGAGGUCAGUCUUCACCGCAGAAAAGCUGUAGUUCUAGCCACAGCUCCCCAACAAAGAUCCAGAGAACCACUCAAGAACCUGUGGCCAAAACAGAAGGCUCCCAGGAGUCUCAGAUGGUGAGCGGCAGUAGCAGCAGCAGGGAGAAAGCAAGUACAGUGCUUUCUCAGAUUGUGGCUUCUAUCCAACCACCACAGUCUCCUCCAGAAAUGCCCCAGUCCAGCCCGAAAGCGUGCAGCGUGGAAGAGCUGUAUGCGGUUCCUCCAGAUGCCGAUGUCGCUAAGGGUACACCUAAGGGUACACCAGUCCGACCCAAAUCUCUCUUUACAUCUCAGCCCAGUGGUGAAGCUGAAGCCCCUCAGGCCACAGAAAGCCCUACUACCAAAGUACGGAAAGAUCUGCUCGCGAAGCCGGUCACUACCCCUCUCUCCAAAUUAGUGGCUAACCCCCAGAGUGAGCCACCGCCUCCCUUUCCCCCACCUCGUUCCACUUCCUCCCCUUAUCAUGCAAGCAACCUUUUGCAGAGGCAUUUCACCAGCUGGACCAAGCCAACCAGUCCUACCAGGUCAACGGAAGCUGAAUCGGUUUUGCACUCUGAAGGCAGCAGGCGGGCAGCUGAUGCAAAACCUAAACGCUGGAUAUCAUUUAAAAGCUUCUUCCGCCGCCGGAAAACAGAUGAGGAGGAUGAUAAAGAGAAAGACCGAGAGAAAGGGAAACUGGUGGGCCUGGAUGGCACAGUCAUCCACAUGCUGCCGCCACCUCCAGUUCAGCGCCAUCACUGGUUCACAGAGGCAAAAGGAGAGUCCAGCGAGAAGCCAGCCAUCGUCUUUAUGUACAGGUGUGAUCCUGCCCAAAGCCAGCUCGGGGGGGAUCAGAAGGCCAGAGCAGACCGGGCAGCAGUCAUAGAGAAGGAAGGCACAGAGGAUGGCUUACAGCAGGACUCAGAGAAGAAGAAAAGGAGUCAUUCUUCUCCAUCACAGGUUCCUAAAAAAAUUCUCAGUCACAAGACCCAUGAAGUGACAGAGGACUUUUCUCCUCGGGAUCCAAGAUCUGUUGUUGUGAAGCAAGAUGAUGGAGGCUGCCCUUCUGUCACAGCGGCGUUGCCCCUACCUGAACUGGAAAGGGAAGAGGAAAAAGAAGACGCUUCAGGUACUAUCGACCUGAAUCCCUGUAGUGCAACCUACAGCAAUUUAGGGCAAUCCAGAGCAGCCAUGAUACCACCCAAGCAUCCACGGCAGCCUAAGGGAACUUUGGAUGAUGCCAUUGCCUUUAGUGGGAAAACAGACCAAGAAGCACCUAAUGCUUCCCAACCUACGCCACCCCCACUGCCAAAGAAAAUGAUCAUAAGAGCCAAUACAGAGCCAAUCCCCAAAGACCUCCAAAAAUCCAUGGAAACGAGUCUUUGUGUUGUGGCUAAUCCCACCUAUGAUAUCGACCCCAACUGGGAUGCCAGUAGUGCUGGCUCUUCCAUCAGCUACGAACUCAAGGGACUGGACAUUGAGUCUUAUGACUCCUUGGAAAGACCUUUGCUCAAGGAGAGACCUGUCCCCUCAGCAGCAAACAGUAUCUCCAGCUUAACCACUCUCAGUAUUAAGGAUAGAUUUUCCAACAGCAUGGAGUCCCUGUCCAGCCGGCGUGGUCCCUCUUGCAGACAGGGACGAAGCAUGCAAAGGCCACAGAGACAAGCACUUUAUCGAGGACUUGAGAAUCGGGAAGAAGUGGUGGGUAAAAUCCGAAGCCUUCAUACAGAUGCCUUGAAGAAACUGGCUAUAAAAUGUGAAGACCUCUUUAUGGCUGGACAGAAAGACCAGCUCCGUUUUGGGGUAGACAGCUGGUCAGACUUCAGGCUAACCAGUGACAAGCCAUGUUGUGAGGCAGGUGAUGCUGUUUACUAUACAGCUUCAUAUGCGAAAGAUCCACUUAAUAACUAUGCAGUCAAGAUCUGUAAGAGCAAAGCUGAAGAGUCUCAGCAGUACUAUCACAGCCUGGCUGUCCGGCAGAGUCUGGCUGUCCAUUUUAACAUCCAGCAGGACUGUGGUCACUUCCUUGCUGAAGUCCCGAAUCGUCUGCUUCCCUGGGAGGAUCCCGAUGCCCCGGAAGAGGAAGAGGCUGAAGAAGAGGCAAAAGAAGAAGCCAAUGGGAGAAGCCCGGAGCCCUGCUCUGAAGCAGAGUCAUCCCAGAAAGAAAGCCAGGGGGCCAUGAGCAGGAAGCAGAGAAGCCACGUUGUGGUCAUCACCAGAGAGGUUCCCUAUCUCACCGUGGCUGAUUUUGUGCGGGACUCUCUGGCCCAGCAUGGGAAGAGCCCCGACUUGUAUGAGAGGCAAGUGUGUCUGCUGCUCUUACAGCUGUGCUCCGGCCUGGAGCACCUCAAACCCUACCAUGUCACUCACUGCGAUCUGCGUCUGGAGAACCUGCUGCUUGUCCACUACCAGCCGGGGGGAGGCAGCCAGGGCCUGGGGCCUGCAGAGUCCAGCCCCACCUCCUCUUGUUCCACGAGGCUCAUAGUAAGCAACUUCUCUCAGGCCAAGCAGAAGAGCCAUCUGGUGGACCCCGAGAUCCUCCGCGACCAGUCCCGCCUUGCUCCAGAGAUCAUAACAGCCACCCAGUAUAAAAAGUGUGAUGAGUUCCAGACAGGCAUCCUCAUCUAUGAGAUGCUGCACCUUCCCAACCCCUUCGAUGAGAACCCAGAGCUGAAGGAGAAAGAAUACACUCGAGCAGACCUGCCCCGCAUCCCACUCCGCUCCCCCUAUUCCCGGGGCCUGCAGCAGCUGGCCAGCUGCCUCCUCAAUCCCAACCCUUCUGAGCGGAUCCUCAUUUCAGACGCCAAAGGCAUCCUCCAGUGUCUGCUCUGGGGCCCCCGGGAAGACCUCUUCCAGACUCUCGCCGUCUCUCCCAGCCCAGCGCAGAGGAGCGCCCUGCUCCAGAACUGGCUAGACAUCAGGCGAACACUGCUCAUGAUCAAGUUUGCCGAGAAGUCCCUGGACAGGGAGGGUGGGGUCAGCCUGGAGGACUGGCUGUGUGCCCAGUAUUUGGCUUUUGCCACUCCAGACUCCCUCGGCUGUAUUGUGAAAACCCUGCAACACCGCUAGUCUGUCCUGGUUGCUGCUGUUCUUCAUUUCCACUUCAAGUCAUCUGUGCACGCCCCCUUCCCAGCGCUCCCACAGAAUUCAAGGAAAGAAGAGAGACCAACCUUCCAUCCCUGUCCGGGAAACAUGAGGCCCCUCUGAAGGCUUAUCCACGGCUCCACACCGAGCACGAAGCUGGGUCUGUCUUCACUGUACGGUCAUGCAGUUGCCUUCCAUUGGAACGAACACCUUUCACCCUGAUUGUCCCCAGAUGCAGGUAGAAAAUGAAAAUGUCCAUCCCGGAAGGGACAGCUCUUUUGGUAUGAACUCAGUGAGCUGUGUCCAGCUCCUCCAUAAUUCUGAAUAUCACCUGUCUUUUUAACACCAAGUAUUUAUUCUCACUAGCAAUAGACAGAUUUGACCUGUCCUUACUAUCAUCCACUAAGCUCUCACAACAGGUUUUUUUUUUUCUUUGAAGUAUCAAUCACUGACUCUCUUACCAGGCAGAACUGCCAUCCUUAGCAUCGGGCCAGUUUUGUGUCUGGGGACUCUAUCCUUUGUUCCCGCAGAUAGUCAAACGACAAGGAGAGGUUGCAUCCCCUGGGUCAUGGACGCAUUUUCACUUGUCCUCGGUAAGUGGGUGCACUGCAUGGGGGGUGGACCUACCGGUCUGCCCUCUGCUGCCACUGCCUGAUUCUCCUUCACCUUGACUCUGUCCACUUGCCAAUGAAGUUUGGGUUUAUCAGCCACUUACGGCGCCUUACAGAACUGACCCAAGGUGGUGUCCCAGUGCCUCCGCAGGGUGAUCUGAUGAAGAGCUGGCAGGACACCAGGAGAUGAUUUCCCACACAUGCAGUUCCCUAGGGCCCCCCCCCCGGGGGGGAUCGUUGAAAGUGCUGUCUUUGAUUACUGUCAGAGCUGUCAGUGUGGACGGCCAGGGCUGGCGGAACCCGGAUCCCAGUGUUCCCCUGAGCGGUAAUCGGCCAGCUUCCUCCUCCCAGUAGCAGUGUUAACUAGCUUCCCAAAUGCUAUAGACAUCAGCCGUGCACGACAGCUGUCAGUGGAGUUCUAAGAUCUGCUCGGAGGGCACGGCGCGCUGGCUGUGAGGGCGGCCGGAGGCCAGGGAGGGGAGAAGGCCACCGAUGAGGCUGCCAGCCUCCUCCUCAGGACGCUGGCCUCUGCGGGAGAGGCUGCCUGCCGGUGGCACGGGCACAUCGCACCGCAGGACUCCCUGCAAUGGCUCCGGAGGACGGCUGGCAGGGAUUUUGAUUGCUGAGGUGGGUGCCUGCGAGCCGUGCACCGCACAUGGGGUCCGUGCCCCUCUCCUAUGAAUACAUGUGCAAUUUUUGUAUGUAUUUUUUAGCUGUAUAUUACAGUGUUUGUGUUGCAAUUUCACCUGAAGCAAGUUCUACAGAAAUCCUCCCCUUCCUCCCUUGGCACAUACGGAUUUGCGCUAAGACAUGAGUGUUCCUUCCAGGUGGUGGGGGUGGGAGGUGACGUGUGUGUGCUUGUUUUAUUCAAAACUGUGAGUAUCUGUUUACUUCAACCUUGAAAUCCCAAGAGUCACUCAGAAGGUGUGAGUGUGCGUGCACGUGGGUGUGUGCAUGCGUGCUGGGAGUGGAGGCCGGGCCUCUGAGGGGACCAGCCUGGGGCAGGGCUGAGAGGCGCAUUCUCUGCAUCUGGCCUGCGAGGGGGCCCCGGGAACCCUCGUCGGCUGGCACAGAGCUUCUGAAAGCCGAGACUGAUUGUGCAGUAUUACUUAGCACGGUAGUGGCCUUGUGGACAUUUCUAAACUUUUAACAUUUUUAACAGCCUUUUUGAUAUGAUUCACCUACAUCAAAGAGGAUCAAGAAAGGAGAAGAAUGUAUUUUAUUGUGAUCUUCUUUGUGUUUUUUCGUUGUUUCGUUGUUGUUGUUUGUGUUUAAGAAAAUGGGCCAUGGGAGGCUCCAAGUGGAGGCUGUCCCUGUCCUCCUGGCCAGCAGUACUGGACUCCCAAGGAAAAGAGCACAUUGGCCCACAAAGAACCUCGCCUCCCCUGGCCAGAGUGCAGGGCUCUGCCCCUGGGAAUGGCCGCAGAGUGGGCACGCUGCUGCAGGCCAGCAGUCCGCUCCGUCUCCGUGUCCUGUGGCAGGGCCGCGCCUCGCCUAGCGACCUGGUGUUUAGUUCACCUUAGCAUAGCCCAUGUGCACAUAAGCCCUUGCCUCAUUAUACACUGAAGUAACAGCACACAGACCACUGACCGUGUGAGCUAGCACAUUCCCUUAGCAGUCCCCCCGCCCUCCCCCCCGAGGGUUUGCAGAUUGAGACACUCUCUCAAUGUCAUGCUCGUGGUGCCUUGCCCAUGUAAAUUUGAAUGUUGACUAUUUAAUGAGGUUUCAUAUUUAAUGAAGAAUGUUCCCUGGUCCCUCUGUUUGUUCUCUAGGUAUCUUUUUUUCUUUUCUUUUCUUUUCUUUUCUGUUUGACUUGGCUUCAGCCUUCUUUGUGUUAACUCUGUAGUAUUCUAGGCAUGGACACUCGCCACUACCAUUAUCUUAGAGCACUGGUAAACGGAGCACCUCCUUCGCACCAGAUUUGUUUAGUACUGUUUUUAUAUUCAGAUUUUUUAAAGGCAAAAGACGAGUGCCACUAAUCAGAGAAGGGCCUCAGGCUUCCCAGAGACAGGUGGCUAGAUUAAUUUUUCUCUGAGUGAUGGCUGAGGAAUGUGAGGCAGAGAGGGUUUAAAAGGGUGUUACAGGUUAGAGCAGAACAGACAAAAUAACUGUAUCUCUAGACAAGAAGUACUACUACAUCAGAUGGUCCUCGGAAUAUUUUUCCAGAAUAGUGAAAUUCAGUCAAGCUAAUAUUAUUGCAAAUAUUUUUUUUUACAGUCCCAUUUUAAUUAUAGUAGGAACUUUGAAUUCAUUCAUCAACUGGAAAGAAACCCUACCUUCAGACACAGACGGAUAUAUAUAUAUAUAUUUUUUUUGAGUUUUGCAUUAUGACUAGGAUAGCACUUUAAGUUUUCUCAAGUGACGUCAAGUUACUAUCUUCAAUAUUAUCUGGAAAUGUUUUCACUUCUGUUGAAGUCUGUACUACAGAUUCUUCCAUUUAUCGAAAGUUUGAACAAUUAAGCCACCUUUGGAACUUUACCUUAAACCACACGCACGAGCAGGAACAAUCUCUCUGACACAUCUCAGUGCUAGAGAAACAGGGAAAUGGGUGGAGUAACCAAGACCAAGCCUGAAUGUAUAUAUAGCAGAGUGCCUUGUUAGAGCGACAAGCUAGUCUCGGAAGGAAGAGAACCCGAUGUCCACAGAGAGCACUGGGAUACGAGUCUUCCACCUGCCAGCCUGAGGGAGAGCCCAUUUGGUAAACGGACACUGACGUGAUGCUCAGAAGCUAAUGCAUGAAGCAUAAGUGCAGGAUGGGAGGAAGAGCCGUCGAACCUUUGGAGUCCACAGCAGAACCUUGAGUGAAUCAUGAAUGGGGCCCACCAAGCCCUAGACUACGAGAGAAUUGGAGGCCAAGAGGACGGCAGUGGGUUUCAAGGUGCACCCUCUGGGGAUGAACUGGGUGAGGUGUAGAGGGGGCACAAGCUCCCACACCACUGACGUUGGGUGGCUAAAAGUGAAACGUGCUGGUGAGGAUUUCAAGAGUCUGGGUAGCCUUUCCUCGUCAGAUUAAGUGGGGGCCGGUAUUACUUCCAGACUCAGAAGAAGUUUGUUAACAUGCAAAACUCAUAAGCCAGGAGAUCUAAACGGUAUUUCUGGGAGGAAAACUGUAUUUUAAAGUUUCUAGUACUGCAGAUGAGAGACCUUUGGGUCCUACUGAAUAGUAAGGCAUGGAAGGAUUGCACUCAGCUUCCCGAAUUUGAAUUAAAAACACUUCAGUGCUAGGAAGUAACGUGAUUUGGUUUUGCUGGUAACCUGCAAAUAUAAUAUUUUUCCCUAGAUUAUACUGGCAGUCAUCUGAAAAACACACAGACUAGUCCCAGAAAUCAGGAUGUACUCAGGAUACUGCACUAUAAUUCCAGGGGAUUCUAGCUGUAUGAAUGAAGUAUAGACAUACUUGAAGGUGAGGGAGAGAGGGACUUGGCUUCCCCAGGCCAACUCUGACAUGUUUUUUACUUCCCUCACUAGUUGAUAAGGAUCAGAAAUUCUGGUCCAGCCUAAUGAGUGAACAGGAUGGCUGCCCACGAAACCGGCUUAUCAAUUUUACCUCACUGAAGCUCAUAUUCGCAAAGGCCGCAAGUGCCAUGCCAAAACCAAGCCAAGCACCGCUCUUGCUCAAGUGUGCACUGAAGGCCAGCCGUCCGUGAUUCUGGCAGCGCCGAAAGUAGGGAUUCCGUGGACCAAAAAAGAUGCCAUAAGGGAAGCCAGGGGAGCUACAGUGCAAGAUCCUAGAUAGGGAUGAUACCAAAGAAAUCCAGCCUUUUUGUCCCGCUGCUUCCCAGGUGAGGAGGCUGAGUUACAGCAGAUGCCAUAGGAGAGCUCACGUACAUUCCUUGUCAAGGGAUCUGGCUGAUAAAAUAAUCCAUCGUCCAAAAAAAAGCACCCUUUUUUUUUUUUUAAUAAGUCCAUUUUGUCUAUUAGGAAAAGAAAAAGAAGAUGAUGGUGAUGAUGAAAGGCGUGGGCCCCAGGAUCUAAGGAGAAGGAACCAGUCCCUCUCCCCAUGACGUGACCGUGGCUGUUGCCCCGACUUUGGCUUGGGAACAUCACAGCUGUGUGAUUCUGAAAGCUGGGCAGUUUUUUCUAAGAGAUGUGGUAGUUCCAGUAGGUUUGUUUAAAGAACUCCUGGGAGAUUUCUUAACAAAUUCUAAUCGUUUUUAUAAAGCUUCCUACAGAGGUGGUUACCACUCGUCACCAUCAUUUAAUAUCUCUAAGUGCCCCGAAUGCACAAGGUGCUAGACAGCUGUUAACCAUCCCCUCUCUGCAGCUGUUUGAAAUUAGAGUAGAUUUUUGCAUCAGCCCCUGCUAGAAGCUUCCCCACCUAAGUGGGCUGCGGGGGACUGCAUUCCCACCAUCCCAUCACAUACUUCCCACUCCAGAGAGCCUCUGGGCUUAUUCCAGCUUCUCACCUUUACCCACCCUCUCAUCCCUAUGCUUUUUUUUUUUUUUUAAUUAAGAAAGUUUCAGGGAAUCAAAAGAGGUCGGAAAUUUUUUAACCUAGCAGAAGUAUAGAGUCAUAUAUUUUGCUACGACUAUUAUUGUAUUAUGGAAAAUCCACUUUGCCCGUAUAGUGUGUGGAAAGUAUGUGUGUGUCUGCACUCAUGAUAAUUUGAAUGUUGAACAGCCCUAUGGCUUCAGGGUAGCAUUUUUGAAGGAUAAACCACACUGCUUCAGGAAACUUGCUCCAAGUACCACUUGGUUAUCCCUUCCCUUACCAGUUUUUUAAAGAGUUACGUGUGAACACACUGGGUUGGGAUUUUCUGUUGAUCUGCAGGGCGUUUUGGCAUGAGAUUAGGGUAGAAGCAAGACGUCAUCUUUCUCAGUAUUUGAAUCAUGGCAGUCCUCAUUCCAGUCUCUCCUUAGUUCCCCAUGGCUCUGCCCACACUCUGUAUUUGAAAAUCUUGUUUCUCUUGCUCUAUCCUGGAGCUUCAACCCUUUACAUAUUUUAGAGUUGUAUAAAUCUACCGAUGUAAGGUCCCCUCUGUCACCAGGUGGUGCCGCCCUUUGGUUUGCUGUGGUACUUUGCUGUGUUCUCCAUGGCAUCAUGUUACUGUGUAAAUAAAUUUGUUUUAAUAUACACUGAAAA